AAAGUAGUCAUUACAUAGGUCCUUGAAACACAUAAAGUACAUCACAAGCAUCCAAAUGUUAUGUCCUUCCAGCCAUUUGUUUAACCGUCAUAAUGCAUACGAGCUUAGCAAAAAUUUUAGAAUCAAGACUGCUAUUGGACUCUAGAAAAGCUAGUGUUCUUGUUGAUGGAUCUUCAACUUUGACACCUACAGUUUCCAAUAGGGAAUCUACCAUACUUUGUUCUUCCCUACAAUCAUCAUCUUCUCUACACGUAUCAACCUUCUGUAAGAAUAGAAAGUUGAACCAUUUGUCAGCAAAGGAACAUAAUAUACUGCUAAGUAUUCUGUGGUAAACAAUAUUCAGAAAGUUGAACCAUUUGUCAACAAAGGAACAUAUAACAAUAUUAUCAUCAGGGACUUCACAAACUGUGUUAACAGGACCAACACCAUCAGAUGUACCGAGUAAAGCAUGGAUUCCAGGCUGUGGUGAAACAACCUAGACAACAAGUUUACCAGCAAUAGCCUUAUUACCUGUAGCAGCAGAAGUAGGUGCAGUAUGCACAACAGAAGUAGGUACAAGAUUCACAGCAGUAGUGGCACAAUCAGUAUCCAAACUCAGUGAGUUAGGCCCCCAAAAUUGAGGUUGCCCAAGGACAGCCAGUCAAUUUGUGGCCAAACUGUGAACACCUGUGGCAGAAAAUAGGUAAAUUCUCAUACACAAUGGGCUGUAAAAAUCCGUUUUUACCAUUUUUAUAUUCUCAUACACCGUGAACACCUCCAACAUUUUUUCAUAAAGGUGCCUGCAAAUCGGAAAAAACAGUGAAAUAUGUGUACUUAUGUAAUUCUCAUAAGUAAAUAUGUUAUUUUGAAACUGACUAUGCUAUUUACUUAUGUAAACACAUAAGUAAAUUGGUAAAUAUGCUUACCGGCAUGCUAUUUUGAAACUGACUUUGCUAUUUUCUUACAAUUAAUAAUCUAAUAGAGUCAAUAUAAGAAUAAACAUGAAUAUUUAGAGGGUUUGUUAUCAAGUAACAACAAAGAGAAUCUUUAUUACUCAAAAGUAAACAUGAAACCGUGAAUUACAAAACUGAAAUAACAAAAUUCAUUUAUUUCGUUAGAGUAACUCAUCUCAGUGAGUUGGUUUCGUUAGAGUAACUUAUCUUUAUAACUUAUCUUUAUCACUUAUCAUCUGUGACAAUAAAGAAUUAAGUAAAAAAGGUACAAUGCAAGGGAAGAAACAGAAAGAUAGAUAUUCAAUAGGAAGUUACUGCACAUUUGAUACUGAAAAAACCUAUUUUCAAUGCUUCUAUCAAUAUUAAGCUGUAUACCGAUGAGAGAAUUCUCACAAAGUGGAAUUUUUAACCCACUGAACACUGCAUCUCUAACAGGAAUAGGAAGUUACUGUACAUUUGAGAUAAAAAAUAAAUUAUUUUAUACAAAGUAAUGACAUUGUUUAGUUAUAAAUAGCACAACUCAUCUCGAAAAAUAGCACACAUUUAAAAUAGGUAAUGUAAAUGAAAACCCCACAAAGAAAGAGCCAAACCAUAGCUGUCAACGUAAAGCUUCAAUUUUAACAAAACUGUACAUCAGUUCAUCAAAACCAUUAGUUCAAAACAUAUAAAAAAGACCCAAACUAAAGUAGUCAAAUUACCUAUGAAAUAAAGCUUCCUAUCAAUAAAAUUCUACAUAAAAACAAUGAGUUAUAAACGUCAAGUGAAUAAGGAAUUCCAGCAACACUCGAAAAUUGAGAGCAUCUCCUUUUUUACUGAAAUGUAUCAUGAAAACACAAGUAAUAUAUCUCUCUUAAUUAUUCCAAUAAAAAGUGACAAAAGAACAUAUAAACCGCUAUUACAAAAUAGGGACGCUUUUAUUACUAUGUAAAACUAGGCCUUUAGGUAAAGACAACCAUAAACGAAUUUGUAUGUAAGUUUUCACAACCUGCCUCAAUGCCUUGGCAGUUUCUUCACAUUUCUUUUGCUUGUUUUCCAAUUUUCUUUACCUCUUUUUAUUUUGCUUGAAAACAGUUAGCAAAUACGUCGCAGUUAAUUUUUAAACCCAUACUUCUAGUAAUAUUUCUUUACUUUGGUCCAAUGCAAACAUCCACUGAUGUAAUUUUAGCUUUUGAAUUAGAAACAUGUAAGGAAAAGUAGAUUUAGAUGAAUUUAUUAAAAGUUUCAGUACAUGACCUAGGAUACUUCAAGUAGUUGGCCGUUUCUUUAUUCUGCCCAACUGGCUUAUCCAAAAUUAUUGCCCUCAUUAUCCUUGGACAAGUGAACUGAACGCAUAAGUGAAAAAGUUAACACACUGUUUAGCAUAAGCAAAGCUAAAUACAUAAUUCAUUUCUUUACAAUCUGAGGUAGUAAGAUUAUAAUUCAUAUAAUCUCAUGUCUCAAUUGAUUCACUUAUAUUUUCAUCUAAUAAACCUCAAUAAUCAUUUAGAAAAAUGAAGCUAAACUCAUAUUGUUUAGUCCACAGGGUAUUUAGGAGCAUCUUAAUAUAUAACUCUCUUCCUCUUGAUUGAUUUUAUACAUAACAUAAAUAACUAACAUGUCAAAAUUCCUAUAACAGAUAGGUUAGCAAGUACAUGCCAAUAACCUUUACCUUCUGCAACCGAUAUUCCGUUUGAAGGUGCAACUUUGAAAGUUGAAGACCCAAUUAGGAUAUUCUUCAAAAAAUGCUCAAUGGACGAUCUUUUUACACUUCAAUACAGGGUUACAUAAGAAGAAAUUACCAACACCAGUUUCAAUUCAAACUCAGAAGAUGGAAACAAUUUUGUUUCAAGGAUUUAGGGUGAUAUAUUUAAGAUUAAGAAAACACACAUGUAAAGAGGUAAAAUUGGUCUAAAUAUUUAACAGAACAUAAUAAAUAUACCUGCAAAAAAUGCAUUCGCCAACAAUCGCGUCAAAUUCUAAUACAAAAAUUAAAAACUUGAACAUACUAAAAACCCAAAAUCUCAAAGCAAUUAGUUUCAUUAUAUAAAAUGUAAACCAGAAGAUUAAUUAGAUAAGAAAGGAACACAUACCUGAUAUGACGAUAUCUAGCGCCUGAGAAGAUCCAAAUAUCUGUCAAGUUUCGAAAUUCGCAAUUACAUACAGCCGCUGAAACCUGGUAAUCGGGUUUCUCAUAGAGACGAUGAGCACCGCUGCGCGCACGAACCAGUUCAUGUAACAGUUCUUUUGAAGGGUGUAGUAGCUGCGGUGGAGGAGUCCGACUAAUUUCCGUAGAGGAAGGAUUUGCUGCAAGACUACUUUUGAAGUGACUUUGUCGGUGCUUCACUCGCGCUCCUGUAGCAUAACUGAUUUCUCGUAGUCUUUCUCUUCCCUGGAUGGUCAAUUGAUUUACAGAAAAAGAAAAUGGAGAAAAGGGAAAGAGACGUAAAGCGUUAAAGGAGGAGAGGAUACUCCUGCGUGUGAAGGAUCGGAGCCGAGAAGGGUUGGGUCCUGAAGCGCAGCAGCGGAAGAUGAAGGAUUGGAUACUCUUGCGUGUGAAGGGUUAGAGUUAAAAUUUAUAAAAUAAACCCCAUUUCAAAAAAAAUAUUUUAAUAAAUUAUGAAUAUGACCCCGUUUUUUCAUCUUGAGUGUCACUAUUAAAUGGUGAUGUUAUUGUGUCAGAAAUUAGUGAUACUUAUGUGUAAACUUUCAGUUAUGUCAUCAGUUUCUGACACUAAAUCGAAUAGUGUCACUUUUCUAAAAGAAAUCUCACACAAAUUCGGAGAUACAAAAGAUGAAGAAAAGUAAAAUCAGAACACAGAUGGAGUAUGGAUAUAUAAAAAACAAGGAUGACCGAGGAGUGGGGAGCAUGGCAUGCGGCGGAAAAAAGAAACACUAUUUAUGCCACUAAUUACAAAAAAACCGGGUGUACAUGUACGCCCGGGUGUAGGAUAUAGGAACUGGCCAUAUUAAGGGCAAUUUGGUUAUUCGAAUUAAUAAAUUCAAUAAUAUUUAAUUUGGAGGAUGUGAUUAGUAAUUUGGGGGUUGUUAAUAAUAAUGUAUUUAUAUAAGGAUUACUAUGUAAUUUCCUAAACUGUGUUUAGUAUAAAUAUUACCUCAUGACACCCGAUCGAGCACGUCAUUAUUUCUCAAAAUUAUUGUUUUGUAUAUGGUAUUAGACGCUUAGGUAUUUUUCCUCAUGGCCGGCCAACUUAACCCUACCGCCGCCAUCAGUACGGCGCCCAUCACGGCGGUGCAGCCCAUCUUCUCCGGCGUUUCUCCCAUACCUGCCGCAUCGCUCACCACUGACUCACCGUCGGGUUCGAGCAGCACACCGGCGCCCUUCCCGCAGGUAUCCACGCCGAUCGGUCCUUUCUCCACCGCGCAAAUACGCUCGCCGCUGCCAGUCUCUUUAUCGCAGCGCCUCGACGGAGUUCCAGCGGUAGAUUCCUUUCGGUUAUUCAACAUGCCCGAGCCAUUCACAUGGGCACCGUCAGUUUCCACGGUCGCAACACUCCCACCGCCUCCAGUGUUCCAGGACCCAGGCAAAUCAUCAACUAUCUUUUUUGGCCCGACUUUUUUUGGACAGCCCGACGUGGCUCCACUGUAGCAGUCUGUGAUUUCCUCCAUGACAAGUUUUAAUUCUCUAACUAGUUAUCUAUCUUCCCUGGCAUAGCAAUUGGUUUUCUCUACCCCGAAUGUUAAUAAUAUUGUGACUACCCGCCUUUCUUCAAUAGAAGAUUAUUUGCCCUGGAGAACACAGUUUGAAUCAUUUUUAGUUUAUCACAGUUUUUUGGGUAUCAUUGAGGGAUCGAUUCCGAUCCCAUCCUCUACUACAUAUGAUUUGUCCAGACAGGAAAUUCCCAAUGCUGAUUACCACCACUAGCUAAAAAUUGAUCAAACUGUCCGCUGUUGACUUUUUGCUACGCUAGCUAGAGAUGUGUUAAUGGAAGUCUAUGAUUUAAAAUUUUCUCAUCUGAUAUAUGAUAGACUCCAGAAAUGAUUAAGGUAUGCUUGUAUUUCUCGUUCUACUGAGCUAAAGCGUUUAUUAUCUCAUGUGAAAAAGGACUCUGAGACUAUGGAUCAAUAUUUGUUAGAAAUUAAAAUUUUAGCUGACUCUCUAGCGGCUAUUAAAUCUUCUGUAAGUGCACGUGAUUUGAUUGAAUAUGCUAUUAUUGGAUUGGGCCGUGGAUAUGAGUCACUCAUUACCACCAUCGACUACAUGCCGGGGAUUCCUACACUUGAAGACAUAUGACCCAUUUUGCAAGCCCAAGAGCAGCACAAUUUAUUCCUCCAGGCUCAAGAAUCAGUCCCAGCUCCUAAGGCAUUUGCUGCACCUCAUGCAGCCUGAGGGGGUGCUCCACGUGGAGGGGGUGCUCCGCUGGGUCCUGGUCGAGGCCGAGGACAGAGAGGGGGCCGUGGUCGAGGGGGUAGAGGCCGAGGAGGCCGAGGGGGUUACUACCAGCAGCCUUAUGGUCAAUAUGGAGCGGCACCACAGCCGCAUGGUCCUUACCAGGGACAGCCUGCUCCUCCGCAGCCGAGAGCACCCGCAUUUCCCGGGAUACCCGGUUCGGCAUUGUGUAAUAUUAUUUCUGGUUGUAAUUAUACUGAUUAUUAUUCUCCUACUCCUACUCACAAUACUUAUGCAGGUUUUCCAUCUGUGGAUCAGUCAUAUCAGUCUCCUUCCCCUUAGUUGUUUGUGAGUUAUGUUUUUCUCCAGGUCACUCGGCGCUUCAAUGCUCCCGUUUUAUAUCUUCACAUACCCCGACUCUGUCUGCUUUUCCUACAGGUGAAACCAAUGAUUUAGUCUGGUAUCCUGACUCGGGGGCUUCUGCUCACAUGAUUCCUCAUGAAGGUAUUCUUUCUUAUAAAACUCCUUAUACUGGCCCCAAUCAAGUAUGUGUUGCCAAUGGUACUAAAUUACCUAUUUCUCAUGUUGGUCACUUAAAGCUCCUCACCCAUGGUCGCCCGCUAAAUCUAAACUAUGUGUAUCAUGUCCCACAUAUUAAAUAUAGUUUAUUGUCAAUUCAAAAAUUGUGUGCGGACAAUGCUUGUCAAGUGAUUUUUGAUAAAAAUUCUUUUUUUUGUUAAGGACAAACCAACGGGGGAGCUUCUACUUCAGGCACGUAAUACAGACAAAUUAUGUGAUUCGUUUGCAACAGGAAUCCUGGUCUGACCUGGCACAAGCGGUUGGGGCAUUGUGGUGAUAGAGUUCUUACUAGACUUAGGUAACAUAAAUUAAUUUCUAGUUCUUCUGCUUUUGGUCAUGAUUGUUUAUAGAGUAUAUAUUCUUAGAGAGAAGCGAGAGCUAGAGAGAGAAAUGCAAUAAUUCCUUACAAUAAAUGAUUUGUGAACCCCCUACAACUACCCCCAAGGGGAGUAUUUAUAGAGGAAAUUAGGGCUGGGCUCCCAAGUCUUGGGUUUGGGAGGCCCAUUUACAAUUGGGCCACUAUUGGGCUGAGUACAAGAGAUGUAGAAAUAAUUAAGUGUGAAGCCCGAUUCUGGGAGCCCUUUCUGGCCGACGGAGCCAUGGCCGACAGAGACCCGGCCGACGGUGACACCCGGUUCUCCUGGCUUCUGGACCAUGUUCUGUGUUGGUAUCUUUCUAGCCGAUGGAGGGCCAUCUGGCCGACGGAGGCCCCACUGGGUGACACCUGUGCCUCUCAUUCUUCUGAUUAUGUGGGUCCUGGGGUCCAGGCCCAUAUACUCCAUCAGGAGUCCCCUACUUUCUGAGCUGAGAUGUACACGAAGUGAGGGAGAGUAGAUUCCAUAGUUUUGAUGUCUUCUGGCCGUUAUGGCCUUUGUGGCCAUUUCCUGUUGGUUCUUCGUGUUUGGCCGUUGUAUGCCUUUCGCUGUGGACGAAGAAGGCUGAUUUUCCUCUGAUGGGGUAAGUUUGUUUGAGGACGAUGAGUGCCCCUGGCUGAGUGGCCGAUAUGUGCUCUUGAUCUGAUGCGGGUGAUGUUUCUCCUUCCUAGUUGUUGGCAGUUGCUUCUGGUGUCUUGACCGAGGAGACCAAAUGAUUGCUUUUGUGCUAUAGGCCGAAGCGGUGGUAUUCGUAGUUUGUUGUCCAUCCUUGAGGAUGAUAGCGGCGCUGUUCCAGAAGAAGUUGUGCGCACUCUGAUCUUAUGGACGAUGGUGACCCGAGGACGUUGGGUUCCUUUUUUUGUUUCUUGGCCGAGAGUGGAGUAUGUAAUCUCAAAGCCAUUGAGUGGAGCGCGUUCAGAGACGAUACACAUCACAUCUUGGGAGGAGUUCUUUGUUUGCUGUCUUUGUUACGGCCGAAGGUGCUCCACAAGUCAUUGACGUUAUGGUGCAUAUAUGUCCUAAUGUUGUGGUUGUGGACUUGAUAUAUUUUUGGAUUUCUUUGAUUUUGUCCUCUCUUGUAUUCCAGAGGCCGGUGUAGUCCCCCACUCCCCCACUGCUUCAGACUGAAGAGUGAGCGAGGGGUGAAGGAGUAAGGUGUAACCCUAGGCCGAAGUGGGAUCCUUGUAUUCCCCUGAAUCCAACCCCUUGGCGAUUCCUGACCAAGGUAACCUUGUGGGAGAACCCUUGGACGCAGGCCGCUUUCAAGAAGUUAUCAUCAUGGUUUUAUACAAGGCCGAUGGUUGUUGAGUUGUUUUUUGCUUUGCUGUUAUGGCUGUUGAAGGGGCCCUUUUGUUGGUAAUGUCUUAAGCCGAUAUGGGCACACUUUGUGGUGUGACCAGCCGUUGAAAUGAUUAUUGGCUACCAGGGCCGAUGUAUAGUGCCCUGUGGAGGCAAGUAUUUCUUCUUGGUGUGGCCGUUGAAUGGUUGGCCGUUAUGGACGCUGAUUACUGGCACGUUGGCGAUGGACUGGUACUGAUGGAAGUGGGCCUGACCCAUCUUCUGAAACAGUGUCAACCCAAUGGGCCUUGGGGGGGUGGCCGUUCGUGUGGCCAAUGGAGGAGCGCCACGUGUAGUGACCGUUGGGGGGGGGGGGAGGUCUAUAAAUACCCCCCCUCCAUCCGAAGAAGCUCCCUAUUGCAUUCUCAAAGAACGAAGUGCUGCCCAAAUUUCUAGAGAGAUAAAGUGCUCGCCGGUGUUCUUCCGUUUCUUCAAAACUUCAAAGGUCAGUUCAUCAAACCCUUCUCCGAUUUCUUGCAUAUUUUACUUCCCUAGGGCCUUGAUCUAGUGUUAGUGAAAAAUCAACCUUAGAUCCAAAGUAGCUUCCAUUAGGGUUUCUUUAGCUGUUAAGAUGAAGACUUUGGACGAUGAAUACUACCCAUAUGAUGAUGAGGCCUUCGUCAAAUCACUUGACUACCGGGUGGUAGAGGAGUGUUGCGAGGAGAUAGAGGAUCUGAGCUCCUUCAAGUCAGGGGAGCAAGAGGUUGAGGAGAACCAGGACGAGGAGGCCACCUCGUCAUCUGAGGUUGAGGACGUAGGAGUCUCUCAUGCCGUGGACGGGGGCGUCUACGUCGGCUACUAUUCCUUGCCCCAAACCGGUGUCUGCAGUUAAAGGGACAACGUCGAAGAGAAGGCGCCAGCCGAAGAAGGGACCUGCUUUCUCCUUCUUGGAUCUCGCUAACGUCCGUGCCAUCAGACCGCAGAGCUGCGUGACCGAGUACUUGGUUGCUCAGAUGUACGUGAGCCGUUUGGUAGGGUUAGGGCCCCUAAGUCGACGAACCACGUACUGUAUCCCCCACCGGGGUACUUUAGAGUAUACCUCACAAGUUUUGCUAAGGGGCUUAGGUUUCCCCUCCAUCCGUUCAUUACAGAGUACUUGGACAUGGUGGAACUUCCUCCGGCCCUGCUGACCCCGAACAGUUACUCGUUGAUCAUCAGCUUUCUCCUCCGCUGCGAUGAGCUGGGUUUCAAGAUGACAAUGGCUCUUUUCAUGAACCUGUACCAGAUAGGCCGGGGGAGCCACCAGAACUGUGCUAGCUAUGCCAAUCUGCAGGAGGUGAAGAAAAGGAGGUCCUUCUCUGAUCUGCCGAUGUCCAUCCACGGAUGGAAAAGUAAGUUUGUCUUCAUGUCUCUGGGUGAGGGUGGAACCGAGUUUCCUUCUGUUGGCCACAGUGGCAGAUUUAACCUCCAUGACGCGCCGAAGAGUUCCAUCUUGGACGCUCAGGUGGAGGCUUUCUUGGAAGGAGGGCCGAGGAGCGUGAAACACUACAUCACAGAGUAUAAGAUGGCUGCCAUCGGCUUUGUGAGGUACUUCGUGUACGGGGACAAGGAGGAGGAUGUCGACAUUUGGCCGAAGAUGGCUACCACCUUUGAGGAGGCCGAUGGUCCUGAUUUGGGCGUGCCUGCCGAAGCCGAUGGUAAUGCCUUCCCAACAUGCUUGAUCCCCUUUUGCUUUUCUUUAUUUUGCUAAUGUGUCUUCUUUCUUUGUAUGUAGACUUUGUCAUGGAUCGCCGAUCUGUUAUGGUGAGGGCGAAGGUGAAGGUGGCCGCUGAACAGGCCGCCAAAGAUGCCGCGAAGCUGUCCAUGGAGGCCGGGACACAGUCGACUGCUGCUCAGCCGUCGAAGCCGCCCACUCAGCCUAAGAAGAAACUGCAGGCCGAUGAUGGCCAAAAGAAGCUGACUGAGGCCGACAUGCAGCCUGCCAAGAAGUCGAAGAAAGCUUCUCCCCUGGCCGAUGCUGACACCAGGGCCAUGACUGUACCAGCCGGAGACGGUGGGGGCUCCAGUGCUGCUGCCUUUGUGGAUUUGACUUCCCAACCUUCUUCCACUGCUGUCUCUCAGCCUCCCCCCCGUCGGCCAAGACUCCCGGAAGAAGCGAUCUGGCAAGGAGAUGGUCACGGGGACCUACAAAUUAGAGGUCGAGUACCUCGUGAAGGGGGCGUAUUCAACGAGGUUGUUGACGGCCAUGAUGUGAUCUCACAGGCCAUCCCCAUUGAGGGCCGGGCCUAUCUUGGCAAGCUUGGAAACGUCAGGAUAUAUGACGGCGGAAUGGACCUCGUCGUCCAGGUAAGAUCCUUUGCACAUUCUGUUGUUUUUGUUGUUGUCAUGAGUGUUUGCAUCAUCCUAACCCUUUCAUUUUUGCAAGGGCCUUCAUGCUGAUGGAGAGCCACAGGAGGCAGCAACAAGAGAUUGCUCGGCUGAAAGAAGUCGAGCAAAAGGCUGCCUCGGCCGAGGAAGCAAUGAGCUGCCUAAAUCGGCUACGGAGCAAGGUGAAGGCCAUGAAGAAGACGGUCGAUGAGGACGAUGUGGCCUACCGUCAAGUGGCGGCCGAUAGGGAUGAUGCCUUGAAGGAAAAAGAUGAGGCGCUGAAGGGCCGUGAAGAAGCCCUGCAUCGUGCUGAGGAGGCUGAGAAGGCCAGAGCUGAGGCCGAGAAGGUUGCUGAGAGGGCCACCGAUGUUGCCAUUGAUAAGUUCCUGGCCGAAGGCUGAGGAGCAUCGACCUUGGUGCUAUGAGCUUGUGGCGGCCAGUCUCGAAGAUUGGGGCGCGAACUCUCCUGCCGACCAGGAGUACUUUGAGAGGGAGAUGUCGGUAUACUACGACAUGGGCCAGCAACGGAUGCAACGGCUGAUCUAUCUGAGGCUUCAUCGGCGCUUCACAGAACUAAAGCUGACGAAGAAGUUUGCCGCCAAGCUGAAGUUGCCGCCGAAGAUGAAGGACCCAGAGGCCGAGGUUGAAGAUGAAGGACCCAGAGGCCGAGGCCAAGCAGUCCCCCAUUCUGAGUUCUGAAAUUGGCGAGGAAGAUUGGGGUGAUGACGACAUCUUUGUGGAUACUGCUUCCUCCCAGGCCGAUGAUGCCGCCAGUGUGCCUAUUCCCGUUGCUGGUGCUGAAGAAGCCCGAGCCUUCUCUUUUUUAUUUUGUUGACAAUAUGUAACGGCCGUAGUGCCCCCUCUUGUAUUUUGAACACUAAUGGAAAUAUAUUGGUUCCUCUGUCUUUAGUGUCUUCUUCGUCUUUGUAUGUUGUUAUUUGUCGCUUUCUUUUUGUCUUUACUCUUCAAAUUUUUCUAAGUGUCAAACAAAAGUUCGAGUAGUUGCUUCCCGUACUCAUGGCCGACGAAGGGUUUCACCCUUUGAUCGGCUUUGGGAGAGAUGUCCUCCUCGUUCUUGUACUGCUUGUUGGCUAUCUCAUUCUUUGGGAAAUAUGUCUAAGUGUUUAGCUUAGAGUAUGUACUUGCUUUGCCCCGUUGUAGACGAUGAGGGUCGUUGGUCCUUGUUUGGGAGUAUUUUUCCACUUUCGGCUAAAGGAACUAGGCGGUUUGUUUUACUUUCGGCCUUGGGAUUCUUGUCGGCCGCUCUUGAUGCCACUUGGGAAUUCUCUAAGUACCAUGAAAUUUUUCCAAGUAUUCAUACUUAGGUAGUUAUUUCAUCUGGGAGUGUCCGAUGAAAGGUUUUGCCCCCUGGUCGGCUGAGUGAGUUUCCCACAAACCAUUUGGUUACCUGCCGGCUAUUUCGUGCCCUCGUCCGCCACAAGAGUUUGCCUUGGAACUUUUGUCCAAGUUUUUUUUUGUUUGUGCAUGAAUGCUUCGUCCAUACUGUAAAUGUCUAACUGAUAUGUACUUAGUCAUUUUUGGGGGAUUUUAUUUUUAUUGCGCGAGGCCGGCGAGUGCACGGUCCAUCGGCUUCCCUCUUUUAUUUUUGGGGAUUUCGCUUUAGGCCGGCGAGUGCACGGUCCUUCGGUUGUCUCUCUUUUAUUUGUGGGGAUAUCACUUUAGGCCGGCAAUAAGUGCAUGGUCCUUCAGAUGUCCCUCUUUUAUUUGUGGGGAUAUUGCUUUUAGGCCGGCAAGUGCAUGGACCUUCGGCUGUCCCUCUUUUAUAUUCUUCCUCUUUACUUCUUUAAGCGAGGAGUGGGUAUCCUUCUUUCAGGCUUCGACCGAGGGGUUUGAUAGUCUCUCGGCCGGUAGGGAGUCCUACUGGAUCGUCCCGUGAUCUCAGGGAGGUCCCGUCGUCUAUUUAUGACGCGGGCUAAGGCUUUUGGUCGGUUACCGACGGCUUCCGUUCCUCAUCCCUAAGUUUGGGGAUUUCUGUCACCUCGGCCAUGAUUUCAGACCUGUCGUCCUGCGAUUUCGCGAGUGGAUGACACGGUGAGAUUCCCAUUUCAAGACGUGGGCUCUUUGCGGGCCCCUCAUCCUGGAGACACGGUCGGCCUUACCUGAGCGUCUCGCUCUAAGGGGCCGAUACGAUGUGCUCUGUCGGCCUUUCCUGAGCGUUUCACUCUAAGGGGUCGAUGUAAUAUGGUAUCUUUUCCUUAAACUAUUUUUAGAAAAAGCAAAUAGAAUACAACUUUUAUUGAUAAGGUGGCUCGAGGCCGAGGGUGGCAUUCGAUCAACAACCCGAGGAGAGGUGAGGGCUUUGCCGGCUUCACCAUACCUGGAUUGUUGAUAGAAUUUCACCAAGUGAUGUACAUUCCACGUUCGUGGUACAUUAGACCCAUUCGGGUGUUUUAGUUUGUAGGUGCCGAGCUUGACUACGGCGCUGACGAUGUAUGGGCCUUCGUAUUUGAGUGCCAGCUUGCCACCUUUCGUCGGCUUGCUCGCUUCCCUUCGGCGAAGGACAUAGUCCCCCACCUGGAAUUCCCGGGAACGUACCUUGGCAUCAUAGUAUGAUUUUACUUGACGCCGGUAGUUUUCUGCCCGGAUGAAGGCCUGCUCUCGUCUUUCUUCGACCAGGUGGAGGUCGAUCUUCAUUCUUUCUUCGUUGGCCUCAGGCUCAUAUUGUUCCACCCGUUGGCUGGGUAUGGUGACCUCUGUGGGUGCCUUUGCCUCAAAACCAUAGCAAAGGGAAAAUGGUGUUUCGCCCGUCACCUUCCUCGACGUCGUACGGUAGCACCACAGGUUGUUGGGAAGUUCAUCGGCCCAACUACCUCCUGCGUCCUAGAGCUUCUUCUUCAGCCCCUCCAGAAUGGACCUGUUGGCAUUCUCGACUUGCCCGUUACCUUGAGGAUAGGCAACGGAGGAGAAAUGGUGUAUGAUUCCCCAUUCUUGGAGGAGCUCUUGGAAGGGUGCGGCCUCGAACUGGGUGCCGUUAUCGGAUAUGAUCUCCUGGGGAACGACGAAAUGGGUAUGGAUAUUCUUGUGGACGAACCUCUGGCAUCUGGCCCCUGUGUUGCUGGCCAAAGGUUCCGCUUCAACCCACUUGGUGAAGUAAUCGACGGCGACGAUGAUGUAGCAGUUGUUACCAGCAGCUCUGGGCAAGGGGCCGACCAGGUCAAUCCCCCAUCUUGAGAAUGGGAUUGCGGUGCUGAUCGGGGCGUAGUUGACGGCUAGCCGACCAGGGGCCUUCUGAAGGACCUGGCAUGCAGUACACUUAUUUGCAAGAUUGGCACAAUCCCGUACCAUUGUCGGCCAGAAAUAGCCCUGGACGACGAGACACCAGGACAUGCUGAAAGGGCCCUGAUGUGAGGAGCAGACGCCGCAGUGGAUUUCCUCCAUGGCCAUUUCGGCCUCAUCCGAUUGUAGGCAUCGGAGGAGAGUGCCGUUGUAGGAUCUUUUGUAGAGCCUUCUGUCCUCGAUGGUGUAGCUUGGGGCCCUGAGUUUGGCCAGCUUGGCCCUCUCCUCGUCCUGGGGCAGCUCUCCCGAAGUGAUGAAGGUUGUGAUGUCGGUGAUCCAGUCUUCCGACCGAUGCUGGAUGCACAUGAUCGGGCUGGCAUGGAUGCUGGCCAUGCUUAGCUCUUCGACCUUGGCUAUCUUGGAGAUGUGCUCUGCAGUGUCUGUGCUGAGCUUGGAGAGGAUGUCGGCCUCAACAUUCUCCGCCCUUGGGAUCUGUGUGAUCUCAUGGGUUUCGAACGCUUUGAGCAACUCCUUGGCCGCCUGCUUAUAUUGCCUCAUCCUCCCUUCCUUGGCCUCAUAUGAGCCUUCAAUUUGGCCCACUACCAGCUUGGAGUCACAUCUGAUUCUGAUGUGCUGCACUUUGAGGCCGGCGGCGAGUCUGAGGCCGCUGAGGAGGGCCUCAUACUCGGCUUCGUUGUUGGAUACCGUGAAGUUGAAGCGGAUGGCAUAAUACGCUCUAAAUCUUUCAGGGGAGAUGAGGACGCCGCCGCCCCCACAUGCUUUGGCGGCCGAUGAACCGUCAGUGAAGAGAGUCCAUGCUUUGUCUGGCUCUGGCCCGGGUGUGGUAGCAGCAAUCUCCCUUUCCGUGCACUCGGUGACAAAAUCGGCCAAGACUUGCCCCUUGAUAGAUGACCUUGGCUUGAUUUCAAUCUCGAAUUGGCUGAGGAAGAUCGCCCACUUCUCUGAAGACUUUGGCUACCAUCCUGGUGUAUGUGGCGCCUGAAUUUUUGAGCCCAAAGGCCAUGACGAGGUAGCAGAAAAUUUCCUCCGGGGUCAUGAAGGUCGUCUUCUUGGCAUCAUAUUUGUGCAUGAAGAUCUGGUGGUACUGUAACACCCCGCCUCGUAGGGCCCGAGGUAGUUACUCCAACACACCCUCCAGACCUCUAGUACUUUCCUCACAAACCGUCACUAGCCUUUUCCGCACACUUUGUCCUCACUCGUGCGCGUCCUGAGAAACUUCCCAGGGGGUCACCCAUCCUAAGACUACUCCCGUGCAAGCACAGUUAACUUUAUAGUUCUUAGCUAAUGAGCUCCCUUAAAAGAAGAUGCGCCUUGUUGGUAUGAGUAGUACUAUUAAUCUGUUUAAAUUAAAUCUCGAGUAUUACAAUCACCCCCACUUAGGAACGCAACGUCCUCAUUGCGCUCGUAAACCAAUUUCAAAUCUCAAUGAAAUCCCAGAAUCUCCCCUGCUAAGUUCCCGCCCGAUAUCUAACGAGAUAACACACUAUCGCAGGGUUGCUCUGAUACCACCUGUAACACCCCGCCCCAUAGGGCCCAAGGUAGUUACUCCAACACACCCUCCAGACCUCUAGUACUGUCUUCACAAACCGCCACUAGCCUUUUCCGCACACUUUGUCCUCACUCGUGUGCGCCCUGAGAAACUUCCCAGGGGGUCACCCAUCCUAAGACUACUCCCGUGCAAGCAUACUUAACUUUGGAGUUCUUAGCUAAUGAGUUCCCAGGGGGACACCUUGUUGGUAUGAGUAGUACUAUUAAUCUGUUUAAAUUAAAUGUCGAGUAUUACAAGUACCCCCUGAAGGCGUCAAGGAACGACAUCAGCUUGUACCCGCCAUCUUGUCCACCAAUUGAUCAAUGUUGGGGAGAGGGUACGGGUCCAUAGGGCAUGCCUUGUUCAGUUCAGUGUAAUCAACACACAUUCUGAACGUCGGCGGCUUCUGGGCAAGGACGACGUUGGCCAGCCAGGUUGGGUACUUCACCUCCUUGAUGUGGCUGAUUGAGAGGAGCAUGGUGACCUCCCCCUUGAUGAAGUCCCAUCUGUCGGCUGAUAGGUAGCGUCGCUUCUGCUUGACUGGCGUGGAGGCGGGAUCGACUGACAGCCGGUGAGUGAUCACCUUUCGGCUGAUGCAUGGCAUGUCGUCCGGCCCCCACGCAAAAAUGAUUGCAUAUGAUUGUAGGACUCUGAGGAUGCCGUCGCGUUGGUCCUGUGGGAGUUGCUUCCCGAUUUUUAGGACCAACUCCGGUCGGGAGGUAUCUAGGGGGACCUCCUCGACCUCUUCGGCUGGUUCAGCAUGUGGCCUCUCCUCGUCCUUGGCGACGGUGGCGGUGAUAGUGUCCACCCGUUGCUCGGCGCCUACGGCCGGCUUCGUCAGCUUCAGGUAGCAUGCUCUGGCUAUCCUCUGAUUCUCCUUGGCGUAGCCGAUACCGUCACUGGUAGGGAACUUUAGGCACAAGUGCUUCAUGGAGAUGAUGGCCUUCAGGUCCCCCAGAUAGGGUUGUGGGCGCACUCGAGGUUGACCACCAUGAAUUCCAUGUCAAUUUUAGCGUGAUGGGAGCCGUCGCCGACCUCCACGAGGAGGACUAUCGUGCCUUGGGCGUCGAUAGAAUCCCCGGUGAAGACGGACAAUGGUGUCCGUAUCGGCUUGAGCAGGGCCUUGUUCAGCUUCAGCUGCUUGAACGUGUCAAGGUACAUGACAUUGACGGAGCUCCCCGUACGAUGUAAGUGCGGUGGAUGAUAGAGUUACCUAUCUCGCACCGGAUGACGAGGGCGUCCCUGUGUGAUGCGGGUCCCGGAGGCAGAUUCUUGUCGGUGAAGGUUAUCGCCUCCGUCCGCUGCUUCUUCGGCUAGGGGGAGCGUGGGACACCUCCCCGAUGUAAAGGGGUUGGGCCCAUUUCUUCCUCUGGGUGGAUGAGUCCCCCCCAGUGUUCCCCCCCACGAUAAGAUGGAUGUGGUUUUUCUUCGGAGGGGGCUCCUCGAACUCUUCGUCGUCGUCGCUGAGUCUGCCGAUCUCGCGCUUCUUCGUGGAGGGUUCGACCCCAGUUUUGCUGGUGUUUACCCACGUAUUUUUUCGUGGGCCACCUUUAACGAAUUGGGAGAGUUCCCCCUGACGAAUCAGCUUUUCGAUGGCUCUCUUCAGCGUGACGCAGUCGUCUGUGUUGUGGGAGGUGUUCCUGUGGUAACGACAGUAGGUGCUGCCCUGAUGAAUGACGUAGAUUUCCUUCGCCGACCGAGGAUCUCGUUCAAUGAGAUCAUGUUCCUCGGCAUAAUCGAGGAUGGAGCUGACCGAAUGAGUGAGUGGGAUCUUUGGCGUUUCCAUCCUCGGCCGCCAUAUGCGGUCCUUGUUCUUUCUGCCAGAUCCAUGGCGGCUUUGUCCUCCGUGACCUCGUUCCUCGGCUGAGGGUGCGCCUGGAGCUGGCGCAACAUUUUUCUUAGAGGGGUGCCCUCCGUCCUUCUUGUGGCUAUGGAGCUCGUCGGCGUCAGCGUAUAAGUUCCCCUGCUGGAGCACCUUCAUAUAGGACCUCGGAGGGUCGGUGAUGAGACUCCAUGCAUAUGGGGUGCUGCGGAGGGCGCCCUGAAAGAGGACAAGGAGGGUGCUCUCAUCGGCCCCCUCGACCUCAUCGGUCUCCCUCGUCCAUCGAUCAAUGAAUGACCGGAGUGACUCGUCAUGCUGCUGCUUGACAGAGAGAAGAUGGGUGAAAUACUUCUUCGCGCGCUUCCUCCCGGCAAAGUGAGGGAGGAAGCGCUGGGCAAGAUCCUGCCAUGAAUCUAUGCUUCCUUCGAGGAGUGCAUUGAACCACUCGUACGCCGACCCUUCCAGAGUGGAAAGGAACCAAUGACAGAGGUAUUCAUACGAUGCGUUCACCAUCAACAUGUUGUUCUGAUAGCGGCUGAAGUGCUCCUGAGGGUCGGAGCGGCCGUCAUAGGGCUUGAUGGCGUUUCCCCUGUACUUCUCGGGAAUAGGGGCUGAGAGUACCCUGUCAGUGAAUGGAGUCCUCGUCUUAACCUGGACGAUGGGAUCUCCUCUUCCUUCGGCCAACUCCCUCUCGAGGACGCUGACUUUGUGUAGGAGGGCGUUGAAGCCGGGAUCCCUGGAUGAGUUGCCCGCGGGGGUGGUGGGCAGCUGCUUGGCCUCCAUCCGAGCGAGCCUUCGCUCGAGUUGGGCGAUCACCUCGUCCCUGGGGUCUUUGGCGGCCAUGGUGGUGCCCUGUGUCUGCAAGCGGGAUGCGUGAGCCGUGUUGAUUUGGUGGCGUGCGUCACCCUCAUGCAAUUUUCCCUUGCCUUUGUCCAGACGGGGCCGAUCCGCCGUCUGGGAUACGGACCCAGAGCUUUCCCUGGGUGAGCCAGGCUCACUCCCACCAAUCCGUCCUGCCAUCCUCUCCCAAACAGGCCGAUGGAACGUGUCACCUAGCCUAUUAAAGGCUGAGGCUUUUCCACGCGCUGGGGUCGGUCCAGCUCGAAGUGGGGAAGCAGGGUGGGAGUGGGAUGACGUCGUGUUGAGAAGCCGGCGUCGUGUUCUCCCCCGUCCUUGGCAUGAGUGCACUAAGGACGGUGGGGUUCUGGGCCAAGCUGGCGAUGAUGACCAAGAGCGCGGCUUGGAGCUGAGGGUCAACGGAAGGAGAAGUCGGUUGUCCCGAGGCAUUGUCGCCCUUGUCCAGAUGCUUCUUCUCCAGGGCGAUGCGGGCAUCAGGGGCGCCGCCGUUGAGCUGGUGGCGAAGGUCAUUCGUGAGGUCGAUGGCCUCCUGGAAAACAUCAUCGCCGGCGGCCUUGUCGGCCAUAACGUCCUUCUCGUGUUCCCUGUUCUCUUGGGCCUCAGGGAUGGCCUUGCCGAGGAUGUUACGGUUAGACUUAGUUCUUCCCAUGGUCAGUUAGCUGUGCUUGGUAGCGACGAAGGAGGCUAACUUGAUUGUUCUAGCUCUCAAUGAAAGCACCAAAUGAUAGAGUAUAUAUUCUUAGAGAGAAGCGAGAGCUAGAGAGAGAAGUUCAAUAAUCUAUUAUAAUAUAAUAGUAAAUGGGUUUUGCACAGUGUUCCCGCCUAAAUGCCAAGUCCAAUCUACUAUGCCUUGCGGAGAGAUGCACCAGAUUAUUAUCAUUUAAUGCAUUGCCUGUUACAUCUCUGGAUUAUUGUGACAUUUAUUGCAUUAACCAUCCGUCCAAAUGCUUCUUAAAAACACCUGUCCAACCCUUUGGGUUUCCUUUGUGGAUUUACGGCACUAAAAAGUCUUCAUUGGAAAUAUGUCAAAUUUAUUAAAUUGGCAAGCUCAAUGUAAGGAACUUAAUCGAUUAUUUACAUCAUAAUUAGUAUGAAUAGAUAACUCAAUGCACACAAUGUUGUUCAGUUCCUGCUUCACAGAUAGUGCUACCUGAUUAUUUUGUUAUCUUUGUUCAUUCGAAACGAUAGUGUUGUGAAGUAAAGCAAGUUUUCAUUUGCAGUAAAAGUGAGGACGGUCAGCCAAGCAUGGAGUGAUGUAUUUUUCGUGACGCACAUCAGAUAUCUUACUGCCACUCUACACUAACUAAUUGUUAACAUGGUCAAGAGACAGAAAUUCCACCCCUUUUCUGGAUGUCAUAUUUGAGAAGAAAUAAAAUAAAAUUCAUACGAAAUAUUUUUCUUUGGUUAUGUUUAAAAUUUCAUUUGGUUAUAGAAAUUUAUGUAUUGAAGGUUAUGGUUCUGGAUUCUUGGCCAGAUUUGAAAUAAAGACAAAUGACAUACAAUCAACAUAUUAAGAAGUAAGGCAAUCUAUGAGUACAUCAUAAGUUUUUUUUACCAGAGUACAUCAUAGGUUAAAAGGCGUGAAUAUUCAUAAGAAGAAAUGACAAAUAACUACUGUGAUUUUGACUUUCUCAAUUAGUAAAACCAAUAAAGCAGGUGAACACCAAACAUGCAUGUAAUUUGUUUAGCUAUUCUUAUUGAUUAAUGCUAUGUUUAUUCAUCCCCACAUCAACAUCUAUAAUUUUAGACAAAAUUUAACUUUCUUCUAAAAAAUAGAUUUUAAAAAAUCAUGCAUCUUUGAGUUUUUGAUUUUCCAAAUCAUGUAAAAACUUAUGUAAAUUAGAUAAGUAUUGACUAGAUUAAGUUAGAUAAGCAUAUAUCUAACUUUGCUAUAAAUAUUGUUAGACUUGAUAGGUUGCUUACAAAUUAACUACCUUUUAAAAGAAUUGAAAUACAUCAACUUUUAAAUGGAUUAAAAGCAUAAUUAUGAUUAUCCUACAAGCUAAGCAUUUUCUAGCAAAAAUAUUUGAAACUACGAAUAGAGUAGAAAGCAGUGAUUUAAAUACUCCAUAUAAAAAGUAUGUUUUCUCUCAUAGGAGGACUUCACUAUAUGACUAUAUGUAAAACAUAUACUCCGUAAUAAUUUUCUAAGAACAGUUUCAUAAUUUUAUGAAAAAGUAAUACUCUGUAUCUCAUAGCUAAUGUCAAAUUAUGAUGUACUGCGUAUUUUACAAGUUUAAAAUAUCAGUGAGAAUUGUAGAUAGUUUGUGUAAAUAAAUUUUAGACAACAAACAAGAUCAGUGAAAAGAUUGUUUUUAAAUGAAUGAAAAAGCAACUCCGAUCCCAAGAUUUUGUCGGGUAUACAACACAAAAAUAUGGGUAUUUACUUAGAAAAAAUAGAUAGAGUUUUUGCCACUUUUAGUCCCUCGACUAUUGUAUCAGUGACACUUUUG